AUGAUAUAAUAGAAUUACUAUUUUACGAAUUUAGAUAAAUUUCUAAGCCCUUAAUAUUAAUCGAAUAAGAUUCUCCAUAUUAAUCUGAAAAAAAAAUUACAGGAUAAUAAAAUUGGUGCAUUAAAAUUAGCUUCUGGUUUAGGAAAAUGCACUAAUCUCUAAAAUUUGACUCUUAAUCUUUAGUCGAAUAAAAUUGAUGAUAAAGACGCAUCAAGGUUAGGUUCUGGUUUAGGAUAGUGCAUUAAUCUCUAAAAUUUGGAACUUAAUCUUAAGUCGAAUCAUAUUGAUCUAAAUAGUGUAUCAGGCUUAUGUUAUGGUUUAAGAAAUCGCACUAAUCUCUAAAAUUUGACACUGAAUCAUAAGUCGAAUAAAAUUAGAUAUAUCUUUGCUCUAAUAUUAAUUUCUUUUCUUAUCUGCUUAUCUGUUAAGGUUACAUUAUUAGUUUGUUUGGUUUAUAUAGUUGUAGUUUGUAGAGGUGCUUUACAAAAUAUUAUAAAAAAUGGAGUCUGUCGCAGAAAAAAAUCGAGUAAAAUUGGUGAUGAAGGUGUAUCAGGUUUAUGUUUUGGUUUAGGAAAGUGCACUAAUCUUACAUAUUUGAUACUUAAUUUAAAGAAUAAUUCUAUUGGUGAUGAAUGCGCAUCAAGCUUAGGUUCUGGUUUAGCAAAGUGCACUAAUCUCUAAAAUUUGACACUUAAUCUUGAGAAGAAUUUUAUUGGUGAAGGUGCAUCAGGAUUAGGUUCUGGUUUAGGAAAGUGCGCUAAUCUCUAAAAUUUGACACUUAAUCUUUAGGGGAAUUUUAUUGGUGAUGAAUGCGCAUCAUGCUUAGGUUCUGGUUUAACAAAGUGCACUAAUCUCUAAAAUUUGACACUUAAUCUUGAGAAGAAUUCUAUUGGUGAAGGUGCAUCAGGAUUAGGUUCUGGUUUAGGAAAGUGCACUAAUCUCUCAAAUUUGACACUUAAUCUUGUGUAUAAUAAAAUUGGUAAAGUAGGUGCAUCAGGCUUAGGUUCUGGUUUAGGAAAGUGUACUAAUCUCUAAAAUUUGACACUUAAUCUUUAAAACAAUUACAUUGGUAAAGUAGGUGCAUUGGGCUUAGGUUCUGGUUUAGGAAAGUGCACUAAUCUCUCAAAUUUGACACUUAAUCUUGAUAAUAACGAAAUUGGUGAUGAAGGUGCAUCAAGCUUAGGUUCUGGUUUAGGAAAGAGCACUAAUCUCUCAAAUUUGACACUUGAAAUUAAUAAUAACGAAAUUGGUGAUGAAGGUGCAUCAAGCUUAGGUUCUGGUUUAGGAAAGUGCACUAAUCUCUCAAAUUUGACACUUAAUCUUGAUAAUAACAAAAUUGGUGAUGAAGGUGCAUCAAGCUUAGGUUCUGGUUUAGGAAAGAGCACUAAUCUCUCAAAUUUGACACUUGAAAUUAAGUAUAAUAAAAUUGGUGAGGAAGGUGCAUCAGGCUUAAGUUCUGGUUUAGGAAAGUGCACUAAUCUCUCAAAUUUGACACUUAAUCUUGUGUAGAAUUUAAUUCGUGAUAAAGGUGCAUCAGGCUUAGGUUUUGGUUUAGUAAAGUGCACUAAUCUCUCAAAUUUGACACUUCAUGUUAGAUAGAAUUUUAUUGGUGAAAUUGGUUCAUUAGGCUUAAGUUCUUGUUUAAGAAAUUGCACCAAUCUCUCAAAUUUGACACUUUAUCUUGAGUCGAAUUAAAUUGGUGCUGAAGGCGCAUCAAGCUUAGCUUCUGGUUUAAGAAAAUGCACUAAUCUCUAAAAUUUGACACUUAAUCUUUCAGAGAAUUAAAUUGGUGAUAAAGGUGUAUCAAGCUUAGGUUCUGGUUUAGGAAAGUGCACUAAUCUCUAAAAUUUGGAACUUAAUCUUGAGUUGAAUUAGAUUGAUGAAUUUGGUGUAUCAGGCUUAUGUUCUGGUUUAAGAAAGUGCACUAAUCUCUAAAAUUUGACACUUAAUCUUAAAUCGAGUGAAAUUGGUGAUGAAGGUGCAUCAGGUUUAUGUUUUGGUUUAGGAAAGUGCACUAAUCUUACAUAUUUAAUACUUAAUUUAAAGUUGAAUUUUAUUGGUAAAGUAGGUGCAUCAGACUUAGGUUCUGGUUUAGGAAAGUGCACUAAUCUCUCAAAUUUGACACUUAAUUUUGAUUUGAAUUAAAUUGGUGAUGAUGGUGCAUAGGGCUUAGGUUCUGGUUUAGGAAAGUGCACUAAUCUCUCAAAUUUGACACUUAACCUUUAUUUGAAUUAAAUUGGUGAUGAUGGUGCAUAGGGCUUAGGUUCUGGUUUAGGAAAGUGCACUAAUCUCUCAAAUUUGACACUUUAUCUUGAGUUGAAUUUAAUUGAUGAAAUUGGUUCAUUAGGCUUAGGUUCUGGUUUAGGAAAGUGCACUAAUCUCUCAAAUUUGACACUUUAUCUUGACCAAAAUAAAAUCGAUCUAAAUGGGGCUUUACUAUUGGGUUCUGCUUUGGCUCAGUGUUAAAAUCUUUUGAAUUUAACUAUUAAUCUAGAGAGCAAUCGUAUUGGAGUAAAAGGAGUAUAAAGUCUAAGUGCUAGUUUAACUUAUUGCAAUAAUCUCUCACGUUUUCUUAUAAAUCUUACGGAUAAUUAAAUAGGUGAUGAAGGAACAAUAAGUUUGGGUUCUGGUUUAGCUCAUUGUAGUAAUCUCUCAGUUUUAGGGCUUAUCCUUCCUGAUAAUUAGAUUGGCGAUGAAGGUAUGUCAGGUUUAAGUUCUGGUCUAUCUAACUGCACUAACCUCUCUAUUUUGAGAUUUUACCUCUAGAACAAUUAAAUUAAAUAAAAAUGUCCAUAAAACUUUGGUUCUGCUUUAGCUAAAUGCAAUAAUUUAAUAGAUUUUACUCUUGAUCUGUCGGGAAAUCAAAUUGAUAAAUAGGGUAUGUCAAACUUGGGUUCUGGUUUAGCUUAAUUAACUAAUCUCUAGGAUUUGACUGUUAAUCUAAGAUGGAAUUCAGCUGAUGUUCAAGGUGCAUCAAGCUUGGGUUCUAGUUUAGCUCAAUGCAUUAAUCUAACAUAUUUGACUCUUGAUCUUUUUAUGAAUAAAAUCAGUCCAUAAGGUGCUGUAAACUUGUUUUCUGGUUUAGCUUAGUGUACUAAUCUUUCAAAUUUGGUACUUAACCUUUAUGUAAAUAAUAUAGGUAAAGAAGGUGCAUCAAGCUUUGGUUCAUGCUUAGCUCAAUGUUCCAAACUCUAAACUUUGAUAGCUAAUCUCUAAGCCAAUUAAAUAGGCGAUCAGGGUGCAUUGAACUUGGGAUCUGGUUUAGCUAAAUGCUGUAAUCUCACAGAUUUGACUCUUUAUCUUAGAUCAAAUGGAAUAUCAGAAUUAGGAUAAUAAAAUUUAAUCAAAAAACUUUUUAAGAUAAAAAAGUUAGUGUAAAGAAUUAUUAGAUUCGAUUGA